AUAAUUUAUUUACAUGUGGCAGUUCCCGCAGAGUUUCGCAUUCAGCCUGCAGAUUUUGUGUUCUGUAGUCUCUGUCCAGUCCAGUAAAUGAUAUGGAUUUUGCACGGAAUCAGUUAGUGAAAUAUGGUUGGAAGGAAGGUAAAGGCCUUGGGCGAAAUGAAUCAGGAAUUACAGAGGCACUGAAACCAAAACUGAAAUUUGAUACCCGAGGAGUUGGUCAUGAUGCUUCUGAGCAGUUCACAUACCACUGGUGGGAACAUGCUUUUAAUAAAGCAGCAAAAAAUAUCCAAGUAUCUUCAACUGAAGAUGGAGUUGAUGUAAAAUUACAGCAAGAAAGUGUAGCUAUAAAUACCACAAAAUAUGCAGUGAAAACUGUCAAAAACCCUCUGGAAUAUGGAACAUUCCUUAAGACAUCUACAUUGACACAAGGACAAGUGGUAAGAAUAACUGAAAACAUACUAGAAGUACCUGAGCAGAAAGACCCUGUUGCAAAUGCUCAGAGCUUAACAGAUGAUGAUCUAUUCAGAAUAUGUGGUGGCCGCACUGCACACAAGGGUGCAAGACAUGGCCUGAAACUAAAUGGAAAACUGGCACGAAUAGAAGAACAGGAGAAGCAGCUGUUAGCUUGCACAAAAGAGGGCAAGAAAAAGAUACUAAAACAAAACAGGGUAAACUUGACAGAUAGUGAUGAUAUUAGUUCUUCACAAGAUCAAUCACGGCAUAAAUAUAAUAAAUUCCUGCAACCAGAAGAGGUGGAAAAGGAAAUUAAAAAGAAGAAAAAAUCUAAAAGACCUGACAAAGAAGAUUCAGCGCAAACAAUAAAUAUUCAGAUAUCUCAUCUUCAAAGUGAAUUUCUUCAUUCAGCUAUUAAUAAAACUCAUAAUGGAGUUACAAAAUCUGAGAAAGUAAACUUAUGUUCUGCUGCUACAGUUGGAACUCGGAAUGUUGCUCCAACAAAUCAGCUAAAUACACCUGGAAAUGAAUGUGCAGUGUUCAGAAAGGAAAAAAAGUACAAAAAGCCAAGAAGUGAAACUGAAGAUCACAAAUUAUGUGAAGGAAUGGAAAACAUGAAGCAAGAACACCAAAACAUGCCUUCACUAGGUAAUGGAGCAAAAAAGAGAAAGCAGAAGAAAUGGAAAGGCAUUCCAUCUAAAGUUACUUCUACAGAGGAGACACAGAUGGUGGAUAUUGCUCAUGAAGAGUACUUUGCGAGUUAUUCUAAGAAGAAGAAAAAAAUAGUAUGAGGAAGAGAAAGAAAGGAAAACUUUGGAAGUGCAGUGAUUCAGUAAAUAAACUCCUUACUUUUUUCUGUUAGCAUAUUAUGAAACUUGUGUCAGAAGUUGCUGGUGAAAACUUGCAUCUGAUUUUCUGACCUGGUUGUGAUCAAAAUUCUUUUAGGCAAACUGUAUUUAAAAUCCAUCAGACACAGAAAUGCAAUUAAAAUCUUUGGUCCAUAUGAUAAAUUAGAUUAUGAGGAUGGUUGAGGGUUGACCCAGACAUUAUUUUUUACAAGAAUAAAUGCCAGAAUUGCCAAACUCUCACUCCUUUUCAAUAUAAUCUUCCUUUACACAGACACAUUUUAUCCACCAUCCUGGCAAAUUAAUAAUGCUAGCAAUAUGAAAUGUUUUCUCCUGGUACUGUAGCCAGUUCAGGACACUGCAUAUGAGUUCAUCAUCAGUUUGAACUCUCUAACCUCCCAGGUGCAUCUUCGUUGGUUCAAAGAAGUGAAAGUCACUGGGAGCUAAGUCAGGGCUGUACAGAGUGUGGUUCACGAUUUCCCAGCCCACUGUUGUCACUGUCACCUUCAUCAAAUUGCUGUAUGUGGAUGAGCAGUGUCAUGCAGUAGGAUGCUUCCUGUUUUGACAGUUUUCUAGGUCUGUUCUUCCAAAUUACUUGGUCCACAUCACUUCAAAGCAAGUUACUGUAAUGCUGUGCAUUAAUUGUUACAUAAUGUGGAAGAAAAUCAACAUGAAUCACCCCUUCGUAGUCCCAAAACAUCUCAUCAUUAUCUUGCCAGCUGACAUUUGUGUUCUGAAUAUUUUUGAUCCCUAGAGAUCACAUUCCAUGCUGAACCACUUUGAUUUUGUGAAGUAGUGCACCCACAUCUCAUCACAGGUCACUGUUCACUCUAGGAAUGUGUUUCCCACCAAUUUAAGCCAGGAGAGAUGUUUAUGGUUGGCAGGUAUUGUAACAGUUUGUGCCUUCUGGUCAUAUGUUAAUAUAUUUGGGACCCACCAGGCACACAUUUUUUUGCAAGUGUUCAUGGAGAAUUGUUUCAAAACUUACAACACUUAUGUCACUGCUGCAUGCAAUAUAAGGCAAUGUAAUUUAACAUAUUUUCCAAAAUAAGCUUUUCACUGUGGCAAAUGUUUACAUCAUAUAUCGCUGUUUGCUGAAGGUGAGCAUGCAGGUUUAAAACUUUCUACAGCCUUCAGAAAACAUAUUGUACUGAAUCAUACAUAUUUAUACAUGACUGGGUCUCUUGCCCACACUGUGCAUUUAAUGUACAACUGGUUUCACUUUGUUGUUCAGUAGGAAUUUGAUGAUACAGUGAUGUUCUACAAUACACGUGCCAAGGUCUGACACCACUUUAUACUAGCUAUAAUGUGCAGAAGUGGAGUGCAGAACCAGCUGCCAGGCUGUGUAGUGUUGCCACUCUGUGGCUUGAGUCCGCAAGCAAACUAUACCGACCGAGUGACUGCCGCUUGUCAGCGAAAUUAGUGCCAACU